AUGGGGAAGGAUUCCGCUCAAGGCCUAAGUCAAGACGCCAAAGUCAAGACGAUCAAUUUGGGCGGCUCGGAGGAAGAUUUGGCAGAGCAAGCGCUUGGCGUCAGUCGGGUAAUUCGCUUCAAGGAAGCGGCUAGCCGUAGAGUGCCUCCGGCGCUGCGCUACCCGGCGUAUCGCACAUAUUGGCUUGGAACGCUAGCGUCCGUCAGCGGCUUCCAGAUGCUCACCUUCGGCAUACUCUGGGUAACCUACGAGCUCACGCAGUCGCCUCUAUUCCUGGGCUAUGUCGCCGCAGUGAACGCGCUGCCCGCGAUUGCCCUGAACCUGUUCGGCGGCGUCUUCGCAGACAUGUUCGACAAGCGCAGACUCAUCAUCGCCUGCCAACUCGUAACUGCGACUCUCAUCUUCAUCCUUGCGCUGAUGACGAUGUUCGAUGUGCUGCAUAUCUACUACCUCCUGCUCAUCGCGUUUUUUGCGGGGGCGGUGAACGCUUUCGAUCAACCCGCGCGACAGGCAUUGUAUCCGCAUCUCAUCGAUCGCUCGGUGAUGAUGAGCGCCGUAUCGCUCAACGCCGCCAUCUGGCAGGGCACGCGAAUAGUGGCGCCGGCUUUCGCGGGCUUUAUCAUAGCUUAUCUGGGCACCUCGACUUCGUUCUUCAUCUCGGGCGCGGGCUUCGUCACUAUGGCGGUAGUCAUCGCCGCUAUCAAGCUGCCUGAGAUUCCGCGCGGCGGCAGCGGCAACGCAGCCCGCGACCUGCUCGACGGCAUGAAGUUCAUCGCGGGCAACUCCGUCUUCUCGUUCCUCAUCGGAAUGACCUUCUUCAACAGCUUCUUCGGCAUGGCAUAUAUCUUCAUGAUGCCCAUCUUCGCGGUGGAAAUCCUGAAAGUCGGCGCGGACGGCCAGGGGAUACUGAUGGGAGUGGGCGGCGUGGGCGCGUUGGUUACAACGAUGCUGCUUGGCUCAAUCGGCAACUUCCGGCAGAAAGGGCUGAUGCUGAUAGGCGGCGCGGUGGCGUUCGGCGUCGCUCUGCUGCUAUUCGGCCUGACAUCGCAGGUGUACCCCUCAUACUACCUGGUAAUGGCCAUAAUGCUGUUCAUCGGCAUAUUCAACUCCAUCUACAUGAUUUCCAUAAUGAGUUCGCUGCAAAUGAUGGUGCCGAACAGUAUGCGGGGUCGCGUGAUGGGCUUUUACGGAAUGACAUGGAGCAUAAUGCCGCUCGGCGGGAUGCAGGGAAACUGGAUAGCCAACUACCUGGGCGCGCCCAUGGCAGUCAUCAUAGGCGGCGUUGCCGUGAUAGCCUUUGCGGUAGGACCUGCGAUGCUCAACCGGCAGGUGAGGAACAUCAGCACGCUACUCAAUCAGGUGGAGCAGGUUAUGGCGGCAGGACGACAGCAGGCUCAGCCGACAGCGCCCUCCGGAGACUGA